UUUCUCAUAGCAAUGGCCAACCAUUUCUGUUGUUCAUGGAGCUUACCUUGCUUCCUCCCCUUCCUGUUUCUUCUUCCUUGUGUUAAUUCAAUUCACUUUAAGAUAUCUCGUUUCGACCCUGAGGCAACCAACAUUGUCUAUGAGGGAGAUGCACGACCUUAUGUUGGUGCUGUUGACUUCAACAGCGUAUCUUAUCUGUGUCGUGUUGGUCGAGUUUCCUAUGCCCAGAGUGUGCCAAUCUGGGACUCUGGGACUAACAAGGUUGCCGACUUCACCACUCAUUUCUCCUUCUUUAUUGAUACUCUAAAUCGUAAUAUUUCCAUGUAUGCAGCGGGGCUUGCUUUCUUUCUUGCUCCCGUUGGAUUUGAAAUCCCACCCAAUUCUGCAGGUGGAUUUCUAGGCUUAUUUAACACCACAACAAGUGAUUCAACUCGGAACCAAAUUGUUCUAGUUGAGUUUGACACUUUCCCCAACCCUGAAUGGGAUCCUCCAGUUCAGCAUGUGGGGAUCAACACUAAUUCAAUUUCUUCAGCUGAGUACACCCCCUGGAAUUUUAGUUUGUACAGUGGGAAAACUGCCGAUGCAUGGAUUUCUUAUAAUGCUACUACUAAGAAUUUGAGCGUGACAUGGAAUUAUCAAGCCACUACAAUUUCUCAGCACAACUUCAGUCUUUCCCAUCAUAUUGAUCUGAAGCAAAUCUUACCUGAGCGGGUGAAGAUUGGAUUUUCAGCUGCUACAAGUCAUUUUCAAGAGGGCCAUCGACUUUUAUUUUGGGAAUUCAGCUCGAGUUUAGAAAUAAAGGAAACAAAGGGAAAGAAGACUAAAAACGUAAAAUUGAUAGCAGUUCUAGCAGUUUUGCUGGGCAUUUUAGUGACUGUUGUCAGCGUGUUAUUUGUGUUUUUCCGGAGGUGGAAGAAGAUGAAAGAAGAAAGAGAAGAGAGAACAAACUUAACUUCCAUCAAUGACGACCUUGAAAGAGGAGCAGGACCAAGAAGGUUUUCUUACACAGAUCUUGUUGUAGCCACCAACAACUUCUCAAAUCAGAGAAAGUUGGGUGAAGGAGGAUUUGGUGCCGUUUACAAAGGGUAUUUCAAUGAUAUAGAUACAGCAGUUGCGGUGAAGAAAAUUGCAAAGGGCUCAAGACAAGGGAAAAAGGAGUACAUUACUGAAAUUAAGAUCAUUAGUCGGUUGCGGCACCGGAAUCUGGUGCAACUCAUAGGUUGGUGCCAUGAUGGAGUUGAGUUUCUACUUGUCUAUGAGUUCAUGUCUAAUGGUAGCCUUGAUUCUCACCUCUUUGGAAAGAAGACUCCUAUCAGUUGGCCCUUUAGGUACAAAAUAGCUCGAGGCUUGGCCUCUGCAUUGCUAUAUCUUCAUGAAGAGUGGGAGCAAUGUGUGGUUCACCGUGACAUCAAAUCGAGCAAUGUGAUGCUAGAUUCUAGUUUUAAUGUUAAGCUAGGUGACUUUGGAUUAGCUCGGCUGAUGGACCAUGAGCUAGGUCCCUUGACAACAGGAUUGGCAGGAACAUUAGGGUACAUGGCCCCAGAAUAUAUAAGAACUGGCAGGGCAAGUAAGGCAUCCGAUGUGUACAGUUUCGGGAUAGUUGCCUUAGAAAUUGCUGCAGGGAGAAAGUCAGUUGAUCCUAUAGAAGAAAAUUCCCAAAGGGGUCUGGUAGAGUGGGUUUGGCAUCUUUAUGGAACUGGCAACCUUAUUUCAGCUGUUGAUCAGAGGUUGCAUGCAGAUUUUGAUGAAAAACAAAUAGAGUGUUUAAUGAUUGUUGGACUCUGGUGUGCUCACCCUGAUAGCAAUCUAAGACCAUCAAUCAGGCAAGCAAUUCAGGUCCUUGAUUUUGAUGUGGCACUUCCAAAUCUCCCUGUGAAAAUGCCUGUUCCUACCUAUCAUCAACCUAUAGCAUCAAGCGGCAGUAAUGAACCUUUGAUGACUGAUUCAAACCUCGAAGUGGGUCCUUAAGCCAUCUCAUCUCACUGGUCUACGAUUAAACGUCCUGGUGUCUCCAAUUUUCGUUGUUGAUGUAUAGAAAGACAGAUAUAUCCCAUGUUGGGUCUUGUAUUUGCAGUCAAAAAUUUUCCUGCAAUUUU